AUGAGGGUCAGCGGCUACAGAACCGGGAGCCUGGAUAUUAAGUACAGUAUCGAGGGGAAUCGGGCCCAUACUUCAAACCCCAUGGAUAUUUUGUCGCCAUCUGGCUUCACGUUGGCUCUCGCGUGCAUAUUGAAAAGUCAACCUGGAAAGUUCCUCAGUUGCUUUGCCAUCAAAUGUGCGAGCUGGACAGCUAUCAACUCCGGCACGAGUAAUAGAUCCCCCUGCGCAUCGAUCGGCUUCGAUGAGUACAGCUCAGUAUCCACUAGCAAUGCCAUGCUGGAACGGACCUUAUAUUUGAUGGUGGUGGUGGUAUGCCUUGGAGGAACUUUUGUAUUGGAGCAGCCUCGCAAUUCGAACAUGGAGUUCUAUCCUGCCUUUGUUGAGUUUUUGAGACUUUGCUACCUUUGCCAGAAUGGAAGCUCAGUCUUUCGGGUCGGCUGGUGGAUGUCUCACUAUGAUGCGAGGACGCCGAAAAGGCAUUUUGCCUACUCCAACUCACCGUUCAUCAGGUCUUUGGAUCGUGGGAUCCUGCAGGGGUGGAAGAAGCGGAAGGGAAAGGGACCUGCUACGGCAGUCACCUACGAAUCCAAAAGCGGCAAGAAAUGCUACAAAGGCACCAAGCAUCUUAAGCAAACAGAGGAAUACACGGUCAAGUUCGGACGAUGUGUGGUCGACCUCCACGACCAGCUCACCACCACGCCGCACGGCCAACCGCCUCUCCCGGGAGUCUUGCCCACUGCCCAGGCCUCUUUUGAAGCACUGCCAGUGGAUGGCCUUGACCUCGGGUAUUGCAAACUGGGGGAGGCAACAGAAACCGAACUGCAAGCUGCCGGCCUUCGCGUGACGCAGAGUCCAGCAGAACCCAGCGAAACAACCUUGGAGGCAUCUAGUUUCGCAGAGGCACACCAGAAGGACGAUGAGACCACGUCUCGCCCUGUUGCUACGCCAAGCCGGUCACAAGCACCAGAUGCGGCAGAUCUCGGUACUGAUGAAGGCUUCAUCGCGACACUCGAAAUCGUGGUGAAGAAGAAAUCAAGCAUGACCCUCAUCAUCGAUGAACAAUGGCUGUCAGAGAAAGAGAUGAAGGAUGACUUUGGAUGGUCUGCGAAGAAUUCCUACGACGGGUGUCUGGAAUACUACGUUGUUGUGAAAGAGAGAGGCCAGCGUGAGGAGCAGACCUCACAGGAGGAGAUCCAGCGCAAGCUUUCACAGGCCACCGAAGCUCCCAAGCUCGAGGACAACUGCUUUGCAGGUAUCAACCAAAUGGAGGCACGGGCUAAGGCCGAAGCUGCCUCUGGUGAGCCUGGUGCCUCAACAAAGGGCGCUUCGCAAGAGCUGGAGACCCGGGACAAGCUGAAGCGCUUCUUGGAAUCUGUUCUUCAGAAAGCAGGCAAGAUCCGUUCUUUGGUGAGGGAACUCAAAGACAAGUAUGCCAGCUGUGACAGUACUUCAACGAAUCUUACUAUCUUGCACUCGGGCAUGAGGCACUUGGACGAGCAAUAUGACAAGUGCCAUGCUGUGUGGGCUUAUGGAGAGGCCAAUGCUUGGGGCCUUGAGUGCAGCAAGGCUUGCGCAAGCGAGAUGAAGAUCAGGAAUGCAAAGAAGUACGAGAAGAAGGACAUCAAGGAAGCGGAGUCUACCAAGGGAGAGAAACCAAAUAAGAGAAAACUUGACAAGGAGAGUGUGCAGGGCAGGCUCUUCGGACACUUGCUGGUGACGUGGGUGAAGGAGUGGGAGAACCCUGUUUAUGGCUACAGCUUUGCAAGAGACAAGUGGAGUAACAUGUACGUAGUCUACAUAGCAGAUGAAGCAUACAGCCCCGCUAUGCUGGAAGCAGCUUUGAUUGAGAAGUACCAAAGCCACAUCAUGCAGGGCCGCAAUCAGAGCGGCCAAGAGCAUUGGGACAUCAACGUGAUGAGCCUUAAGUCUUGGCUGGAGUUCAUCGUUCAGCACGGUGCAUGGCAUGUCUUAGUGGGGUUGAACCGAUCCCAUGCAGAACGGGAACAAAAGAUCCUCCUGUGUUUUUGGGAGCGGCUUCGAGCACUACGCCCAUCGCAUGAAAUUUUUGCUUUGGCAGACGCUUCAAAGGUGGACCUUUCCCGCACAGUGCCGUUGAUGCUGCACGGCGACGAAGGUCGCGGCAGGAAGAAAGCUGGUUUUCUGUGCAUAUCCUUCUACUCCUACAUUGGUUUUGGCACACGUGAAGCCAAUGCUGUCAGGAAGGGACGACCUUAUCACCAACUUCGUCUCAACUAUGGAGGUCAUUCAUACCUCCAUAGGAUGCUGACAAGCGUCCUUCCGAAAAUGAUGAGAGACCACUUGGCGCUGAAGGACAUCUUGAGGUUCAUUGCCGACGACGCUUGCAACAUGCUUCGAGAAGGCGUCAAGGAUUCCCAAGGAAACACCUUCAGAGCUUGCGUACUCCAGUGUUGCGGUGACUGGCAGUGGCAAAUCAAAGCAGGGCAGCUCAAUCGUUCAUAUCAGAACGUCCCAAAGCAGCCAACAAAAGCUGACGGGAACCCGCCAAAAGGGAUCUGCCACAUGUGUUGCGCAGGGCAACGCAAUGUUCAUUGGGAAGGCUACGGUGGCCCCAAUCGAACUCCGUCUUGGCUUCCUACGCUCUUUUCCCAGAGUCCUUUUGACGGAGAACCAUCCCUCAACCAGAUUCCAUACAUUGCAGGUCAGCAGCCCGCCUUCUAUACCUUCGACGUGUUUCAUUCCUUUCAUUUAGGCGUGGCAAAGUCUUUGGCCGCUGGUUGCCUAGCAAUGGCUUCCGACUACAUGUGGGCGACGAGUGUUGAUUCUCGACUGGAACAGCUGAGUUGCAUUUUUGUCACGUGGUGCAACGAGAACCGGGAGCAUGCAUACUUGAAUGCGAUAACUCGUCCCGUCCUAGGAUGGAUGGACAAAGCGACAUACCCAAAUGGGUACUGGUCGAAAGGCCACACAAGUACAACCCUGAUCAAAUUCUUCAUUGCAUGGGCGGAGCAGCAGGAUUUGACACAAGAUGGUUUGAUGCAACUUUCGUUGGACAGUUGUCGAAAGAUUGAUAAAGCCAUGCGGAUCAUGUACCAGUCUGACAUCUUUCUUACUCGGAGCGUUGCGAAGGAGGUCACUGAACUUGGCUUGGGGUUCUUGGAAGGAUACAAGUUGAUGGCGACCCAGGCAUACAGAGCAAGCCGCGCUUUGUUCCCUCACAUGCCCAAGGGCCACGCCCUUGAGCACAUUUUUUAUCAGCUCCGCAUGGACUUGGAUAUUCCGACGGCUCAAUACUUUGUCAACCCACUGAACCAUUCGGUUCAAGUAUCCGAAGAUUUUGUGGGCCGCACGUCGCGGCUUGCAAGGAGGACCCAUCCGUUGCAAGUUGUUACUCGAGUACUUGAGAGAUUUCAGCAAGCGGCCUAUAGACAGUGGCAUGACCAGGGCUGGAUCCAGUGA